GGAGGAUGAAGACUCAGUCCUAUCAUGUAUCUACCGCCCUUAAGAGCUCCUGAGGAAUCUCCAGACGAUAAAUGAGGCCUCUCCGUUUUACAAUUCAACAGAGACUCCAACAGACCUGCUGAGAUUUCUGAAACCUCGGUGUGCAGCUGAUGUCAGGAGCUCCUUGGAUGGACUGAUGUGCUCACUUGUGUCCCUUCUUCCAUCAAGCACACAGACAUGGAGGAACUUCAGAAAAAACUCAAUAAGCGCUACGAGAGCACCAAUCCAAGGAAGGUUAGGUUCAAGUUGGCGUCCUCCUACAGCGGCAGAGUGCUGAAGCAUGUGUACGAGGAUGGUCAGGAGCUGGACAGUCCUGAGGAGAAAUACCCUCACAGCUUUGUCCACCGUAAGAUCCCCCCCAGCCACCUGGAGGUGGAGCAGCUCUGUGGGUUCGAAGACCCUCAUGGGGACCAGCAAGGUGUCUAUCCUCCAACUGGGCUCAUAGCCCAGAGAAUAAAUGUGUACCGAGGAAUCGGGAGCUACAAGCCCGCUGUUGGCCUGAGUGAGGGAGCAGAGGGAGACGCCAAUUCCCAGGUGUUAGAUUUUGGCAAAAUUAUCAUCUACACCAGCAAUUUGCGCAUCAUCAGAGCUCCGCCGAGGAAUCCCGAAGAACCGCGGCACCACGCAGAUGCUCACGUAGACCUGGAAGAAUACCCAAAGGCCAAGGAGAGGACAAGCAGGAGGAGAACCAAGAGUCCUUCUUCACGGGUCAGGGAGGACAAGGACAAGGGGGAGAGGCAGAGGAGUGAGAUGAAGACCAAGGAGGCAGACAGCUGCCAGCAUUGUGGCGGCUCAGGCUGUGCUCCCUGCUCUCUGUGUCAUGGUAGCAAGCUGUCUAUGCUGGCGAACCGCUUCAAUGAGUCCAUCAGUGAUCUACGAUGCCAAGCCUGCUACCCCCAUGGUCUGGAGAAGUGCCAGUCCUGCUCCAGCAAAUAGCGCUGUUUGGCCGACACAGUGUCUGGCACGCUGAGUGAGUGAGUGAUGGAGGGAGGGAGGGACGGAGGGAGGAAAGGAAAGAGGGAGAAACACCUUUUACAUGCACAUUAAACUCUUCCGAGUUGUUAAUAUCGACGAAUGGCCUCAUCUCUAGGUUAAAAAAAACACACACACACACACACGAGGAAAGUCCAACCUUUAAAUGACAUGCUGUUUGUUCAAUUGUUUUCUGCACACUUGGCUUCCAACCCAUCACUCACCAUUUCAGUGUGAUUUUAGAGACAGUUUUUUCUGUAUUAUCACGGUGUGGUACUCAGUACUUGUUCUCCAUCUUCAGGCUCUAAGCCAAUGAGGAAAGAGCGGAGCAUGCGCAGUGUGCCAAGGCCAGGUUAGAGCAGGGGUAAUCUGACUUAUCUGGAUGUGUAAUAAUUGCUCUGUGUGUGUGUGUCUUUUUUACUCCUUAUAUUUAAAUGUACCAAGUUGUGGGUCACUGUGUGCAGUUAAAACGUCUUUCAACAACAAACACAUAAUCAACUCGUUUGUCGCACGUUCUUUUUGCGUUCGUGUUUCCCGAGAAGAAGGACGAUGGCAUCUAGUCGUUCCUGACGGAAAAAAAAACGAUACAAAUCAUUUGCAUUAUACUCUCUUGUUUGCAGGGAACGAGACCUUGCCUUGACCCCUCUGGUUUUCUCAAGAUAAAGGAGAACAUUUUUCAUUUUAGUAUGACAUAAUGGUUAGGGACAUUUGCGCAGAAUAUUAAGUAUUUAAAUGAAAAAGAAAACACAGAAAGAUUUAGAGAUGAGGUUUAAAAAAAAAAAAACACCGAAGUGCUUACAGUUAAAAAAGAGCGAUUAUAAUUGAAGUGCCACCCAAGGAUGGAAAAUUACUUUUUUGGGGGUUGCAGUUUUGUUUUUGUGUUUCACAGAAGACUGAAAAAUGACAAUAACGGCAGAUGUUAAAAGACUGCACUGUUGAGUCUGAUUUUAAUAUAUAUAUAUAUAUAUAUUUAAUAUAUAUAUAUAAGUAUAUAUGUAUUUUCUCUAAGGAAUUAUUCUCACACAAACGGCCCUGAACUCUGAUUCUUAUGCAAGUAAGUGACAUUUAAUGCGGUGUUACAUCAUAUUGUCAUGUGACAAAUGGUGAACCAAUGUCGAGAGGCUCCGUCAUUGUGAUUGUAAGUAAUCCAACCUCUGUAAGGUGUGAUCUUUAAUCAUGUCGCCCCUGUGACAAAUUGCCUUGGGGGUGAAGCCGAACGAUCUCAUUAGGCUUUUCUAUUUCCACUCUCUGCAAAUACAACGUUAUGAUCAAUAUUAUUAAACGUAGAACUGAGAUCCAACGUGGUUCAAUCCAUUCAUUUGAUUUUAUUAGAAAGCAAUUAAUAACCCUUCUCCAACACUGGGUCUGUCCUGUGUUGUCAAAUGAAAACCACGCUCUGUUUAAUCACACACGCAGAUGCACAAACAAACCGAGGCUAAUGACUGUGGAGGGAAACGCACAAACAACAGCGACAUUAUGGUGCGCUACCCUUUUUACAGAUUUAUCUGUGAUCUCAUAUGGUCCGGUUGCAAUAAAUGACAUAGAAAUCAUACCGGGAACAGACUGUGAACAUAAAUCAUCAAGUCUUUAUACAAGAAUAUUACAGCACGUGGGGAAGUGAGCCACAAUUCAUAUCCCAGCACUUUAGCUACGCUGUCUUUGUGUGGGUUGUAGAUAACUUUGUCUUCCUAUCAAAUUUGAUUUAUAGAUUUUUUUUUUUUCAUUUGUACCUCACCGUGAAUAUCCUGUCAUGAUAAUAUAUGGAUCUUGGGAGAAUAUUCACCUGAGUGAGCCUGUGACUCCUAGGUUAUCUAAAAAGUUACAUUAAAUGUGAAAAAUAUAACUAUUGUAAUUUCAGCUUUUACCUGACAUUUUCCCCCUCAGUUUAUGGUUUUAUUAAGGUGAUUAAAUAAUUAGAGAGCUACAGAGAGACUGUUCUCAGAGGAUGGGUCAGGCAGAACCGAUCACCCUGAAGCCAAAUUUGGCUAAAAAUAUUCAACUUCCCUCCAGCAGCUAUUAGCUAAUCUGUUCUUCUGACCUCUGUGUGGAGGUAGAAGAGCAAAUGCCGGAUGGUAACCUUCAAUCCCCUGGUGAUAUUAACAGUCUGUGCAACAGAGGAUCUACAGUAUUUGAAAGUACUGAGUAAAUACAGCAGCCCUGAGUCACAGUGUCUAUAGAUCUCAUUCACAGAGAAGCUAGUGACAAAGUAGGCUACAUUUAUAAUUGCAUAAAUACCCCCCGUGUUGGGUGGUGGGGUGGGAUGGGGGUUGGACAGCCACCACAUGACCUCUGCAGCCUAUCAGAAACUGCUUCUGACAUCACACAAGCGCAUCACCUGUGGAACAGGAAACACUGCUGUCGUUUCUGGGUGUUAGAUUUCCUACCUUGGUCUGUACUUGUACCCAAUGCAUAAUAGAUACUUCAUUCACAACAGGUAUCAGCAAAUAAGACCACACUAUUGAAUAUCACAGUGGUUGAUUAACCAUGACUGUUUGGCAUUGUAUCUUUCAUACUGUUACACAACAAGCGUGUCACAUGACCAGCGGUAUAAUAAUGCCUACAGGUGAGCACAGGGAUGAACAGUCCCUGUCAUGGUUCUUGACAGAGGUGUGGACUCGAGUCGCAAGACUUGGCCUCGAGUCAGACUCGAAU